AUGAAUUAUGACCAGGCUAAAGUUCACGUAAAUAGCCCAAGGCCUCUUAGCCAAAAUAUCACGGAAACUUAUAUUUUAUUUAUUGGAAUACAGUCACAUUUUGCUAAUGUGAAAAGAAGAGAGGUUAUUCGAAAAACUUGGUUGCAAUUUUGCUCUAAUGACAUUGGUUGCCACUACAAUUUUUUUCUUGACGGGCUAGACAUAAACAACAAAAAGGUGCCCAAAGAAGUGUUUGUACAAUACAUGAACGAGUCAAAAAACAACAAUUACGAUAUUGCUGUGAUAGAUACACCUCCAGGUCGAAAUUUUGCUGUUAGAACUUAUAAAUCUAUUCAUUAUGUCAUGGAGCACAUGAAAGUUAAAUAUUAUCUCAGGUUAGAUGACGAUCAAUACCUGUGCGUACAAAGAUUGAUUUACGAACUAAAACACAGACCUGUGGAAUGGUUAUUUUCCGGAUACACGCAUUGCGGACCAGCUCGUAUUGACGAAGGAUAUCAGUUGUUUUCUUAUAAUUUGUUACAAGUCUUCUACAAGAAGAGCGACCUUGUGUGCACUGAGUUUGGCACUGACUGUGUGUCGAGUUGGGUUUAUGAUGUUAUGGACACGCAGAACGUCACAUGGUUCACAGAAAACAAGAGAAUCCACCAACAUCAAGCCUCACUGGAUACUGCUCUACAAAAAAGAAAGGAACUUUGUCAAACGUAUAUAUCACUCCAUGGAACAUAUGAAAAAGAAAUGCAGAUUUUUCACGAUAUUGUUCUCAAGGAGGAAUUUCACGACUAUGACAUUCCACGUCCGUAUCACGUUUGUCCUGAUCACCGACGAGUCAACUUACUUGUAGAGUUAAAAAGCGCCAAAGAUCAGAUGCCGUGUGGUGCAAAACCGGUAUUUAAGAAAGACCUAAAAGGUUGGGUAGGAAGGCAAAGAAGACCACUAUAA